CUUUUUUCCCUUUUUCAUAUACAAUCACAGCUCAUCCUAAAGUAACGCAUUCCUCAUGAACUAUAAUAAGCGUGACGAAGAAGCAGGAGGAGACGCUGGGUUAUUUUACCACGUCGAUAAAACUGUUGUACUUCAAGAAGCCAGAGUGUUUAACAGUUCACCUAUUAACGCGAGAAAAUGUCGAUUGCUAUUGACCAAGAUUAUUUACUUGCUUUACAUUGGUGAACCUUUCACUGUAAAGGAAGCAACCGACUUAUUCUUCAACGUCAUUAAAUUGUUUCAAUCAAAAGAUACAUCUCUUCGUCAAAUGAUGUACCUGGUCAUCAAGGAACUUUCAGGAAUUGCUGAAGAUGUUAUUAUGGUGACUCAAUCUCUUAUUAAAGACAUUCAGUCCAAACAAGAAACUAUCUACAGAGCAAACGCCAUUCGUGCUUUAUGCUUGAUUACAGACCCCUCUAUGAUCCAAGGCAUCGAACGUAUUUUGAAGGCUGCUAUUGUUGACAAGACACCUUCUGUCUCUUCUGCAGCUUUAGUUUCAUCCUAUCAUCUAUUUGAUGUUGCCAGAGAUAUCAUUCGUCGAUGGUCAAAUGAGGUUCAAGAAGCUAUCAACACAAAACCCUCGGGUGGUUUAAGUUUUGCUUCUGCUUCAAGUUAUUUUAGUUCUGGAUCAAGUAACCAAAACCAAGUUGUUAUUUCUACAAGUAACAUUCACCAGUACCAUGCUAUUGGUUUAUUGUACUUAAUUCGUCAACAUGAUCGUAUGGCUAUUGCAAAAUUGGUCCAAACCUUUUCAGGUGCACGUAGCUCUGGUGGCUUCUUGGGUGGAGGUAGUAGCUCCAAUGUGCUCAAGAAUCCUUCUGCAGUCUGUAUGUUGAUUCGAUUUGCUUCCAAAGUCAUGGAAGAUGAUCCAAGCUCUACUCGUAAAGUGUAUGAAUUAUUCGAAGGUUUCCUUAGACACAAGAGCGACAUGGUCAAUUUGGAAGCAGCCCGUGCUAUAUGUGACAUGACAGAUAUUUCAGCUAAAGAACUUCACCCUGCCAUAGCAGUUCUUCAAUUGUUCUUGUCAUCUCCAAAAGCCACGCUUCGAUUUGCUGCCAUUCGUACACUUAACAAACUCUCCAUCAACAACCCAUCAGUCGUUGCUCCUUGCAAUUUAGAUAUCGAAAACUUGAUUACUGACUCCAAUCGUAGUAUCGCUACAUUCGCCAUCACUACGUUGUUAAAGACAGGCAACGAAGCAUCCGUUGAUCGAUUGAUGAAGCAGAUUUCUGGUUUUAUGAACGAUAUCUCUGACGAAUUCAAGGUGAUCGUCGUAGAGGCCAUCCGAUCACUUUGCUUAAAGUUCCCAGCUAAACAAGCCGUCAUGCUUUCCUUCUUGAGCAACGUCUUGCGCGAUGAAGGAGGAUACAACUUUAAGAAGGCAGUUGUCGAGGCUAUCUUUGAUAUGGUCAAGUACAUUCCAGAAUCCAAAGAUACAGCCCUUUCCCACUUGUGUGAAUUUAUCGAAGACUGUGAAUUCACCAAACUCUCUGUACGCGUCUUGCAUCUGUUGGGUAUCGAAGGUCCCAAGACAGCAACUCCUACCAAAUACAUUCGAUACAUUUACAAUCGUGUUAUCUUGGAAAACUCCAUCGUACGUGCUGCUGCCGUCAGCGCUCUUGCCAAAUUUGGUGUGAAUAGCCAUGAUGAAGAAGUUAGAAAGAGUGUUCGUGUGUUGUUGAAUCGCUGCUUGGAUGAUGUGAAUGAUGAAGUUCGUGAUCGUGCUACAUUGUAUCUUUCUACAAUGGACAACCAAGAUAUUGCCAAGAAAUACGUUACAGACGAUUCUACAUACGCUUUGCCUAUGCUUGAACGCCAACUUGUCGAAUACAUCAACAACUCACAUGAAAAUGUAAAAGAAUUCAAGCUUGAUACAAUUCCAGUUAUCAGCAAAUCUCAAGAAGAAGAAGAACGACGCCGUAACCGAUCUAACGACACUGCUAUUCUUCCUUUAUUAUCCGCUCCCUCCGCCAAAGGAACGCCUACCGUUUCCAGUCCUGGCGUGACCACGCCUGUCUCUGGAAAGAAUACGCUUAUUUCCAGCUUGGAUCAACAAGCAAUCUACGCAGAACAAUUGGCAGCUAUUCCUGAAUUUGCAUCAUUCGGCACGCUGUUCAAGAGCUCAAGUAAGCCUAUUGAGCUAACAGAAAGUGAAACAGAGUACGUCAUCCACUGUAUCAAGCACACGUUUGCCAAGCAUAUUGUAUUCCAAUUCAACUGCACAAACACGUUGAAUGACCAAUUAUUAGAAAACGUUCAUAUGAUUAUGCAACCUGAGAUAGAUGGGCUUGUACAAGUAGCUGAGCUGCCUGCAGAGAAGCUCGAAUACAAUGUCACAGGCGCAAUCUAUGUUGCCUUUGAGCAAGAAGACCCUGAGGAGCUCGCGAAUGUCACCUUCACAAACACACUCAAGUUUGUUGUCAAAGACUGUGAUCCUACUACAGGAGAGGCAGAUCCCGAAGGAUUUGAUGAUGAAUACCAAGUUGAAGAUAUCGAAGUGACCACGAGUGAUUACAUCCGUGCAUCCUAUGUCUCUGACUUUGCUGAAGAAUUUGAAAAGUUGGAGGAAAAUGAAGCAAUUGACACAUUUGCCCUGGAUAAGGAAAAGGCUCACAACUUGAAGAGCGCAUGUGAUUCAAUAAUCGACUUACUGGGUAUGCAACCCUUGGAAGGCACUGAGGCACCAAAGAACAAUAGUGUACAUACUUUACUUUUAUCUGGCACAUUUUUGGAUGGAAGCAGAGUGUUGGCAAGGUGUAGAAUGACCUUUAGCACAAGUACUGGAGUUGCUUUUGAAUUGGCAGUUAGAAGUGAAGAUGUAAAUGUAUCUCAAAUUGUGCUUUUAGCAAUCUCAUAACUCCCCUUCUUAAAAAAAUAAUAAUCAAAUAAACGUUAUUAUAUAUUUUCUACCUUUCGUAUGCAC